CCUGAGGGGAGUUUGUUGUGGCGAGUGAGGCCAGGAGCGGGAAGAGCGGCGCCGAAGGAGCAGGGAAGGAGGGGCCCGGUCUCGCUCUGCCCCGCUCGGAGCGCGAAGCGGAGGAUGAAUUGGCUCUUCCCGCUCUCCAAAGCCGGCAGCGGUGGCGGGGCCGCCGCCUCCUCGUCGCCCUCGUCGGCCGGUGGAACCGCGCUGCCGCCGACUCUCACCAGCCUCCAGCAGCAGAAGCAGCGGCAGAUCGAGUCCCUGCGGAGCGCCCACGCCGCUAUAGCUGAAAUACAAAAAGAUGUGGAGUAUCGAUUGCCAUUUACUGUAAACAACCUGACAAUAAAUAUUAACAUAUUGCUUCCUCCUCAGUUUCCUCAGGAAAAGCCAGUCAUCAGUGUUUUCCCUCCAAUACGGCAUCAUUUAAUGGACAAACAAGGAGUGUAUGUGGCCUGCCCAUUAAUAAGCAAUUUCACAAUGCACUCAGACCUUGGAAAAAUAGUUCAAAGUGUACUUGAUGAAUUUUGGAAGAAUCCUCCAGUUUUGGCUCCCAGCUCAACAUCGUUUCCAUACCUUUACAACAAACCAGCUGGAAUUCCUCCCUAUGCUCAGAACUUUCCGUUUCUUUCUCCAUACCUACCACAAGAAACAAAUAGGUCUAUAACAUCUGUGCCACUUGCAGAAUCACUUUCUUCUGGCUACGCUGCAGACAGACCUGCGGCUCCUUCCUUUGGCAUGAUAUCAGAUCUGCCAUUACCUGUUCCAACAGCAGAAACCAUAUCACAGGGGAGCCCAAAUGGAUUCAGUUACAAAAUGCCUGAUGUACCUGAUGCAUUUCCAGAACUAUUGGAACUUAGCAUAUCACAGCUGACAGACAUGAAUGAGCAAGAAGAUGUCCUGCUGGAACAAUUUGUUAAUCUGCCCCAGUUGAAGCGAGUCAUUAACGACAAGGAUGAUUUAGUGAAAAGUAUUGAAGAGCUGGCAAAAAAAAACCUCUUAUUGGAACCAAGUUUGGAGACGAAAAGACAAGCAGUGUUGGAUAAAUAUGAACAGCUUACUCAGUUGAAGGCUACAUUCGAAAAGAAGAUGCAACGGCAGCAUGAACUGGGUGAGAGUUGUAGUGCAAGUGCUCUGCAGGCAAGACUGAAAGUAGCAGCUCACGAAGCUGAGGAAGAGUCUGACACUAUUGCAGAAGACUUUCUGGAAGGGAAAACGGAAAUAGAUGACUUUCUUAGUAGCUUCAUGGAGAAGAGAACAGUUUGCCACUGUAGAAGAGCCAAAGAAGAAAAGCUUCAACAGGCAAUAGCAAUGCGCAUUCAAUUUCAUGCUCCGUUAUAGGUUUUCCAGCUAAAUAGAAUUUCUGAGGCGAGUGAAUGAAUCCAGCAAAGCACAUUUUCAUAUAGCUGUUAUUUUGCAAAUAAGCAUUUCAUCACCGUUGUUGCGUUUAUAGAAGAGACUGUAUACAGAACUGGGAUGAUGAUGAUGGUGAUUAUUAUUUUGGGACAAAUUAGGAAGUCUUUCUAUUCUCAUUUCAUCCGAGAAAUCCUCCUAUUGCAGUGUUUGCACUAAAUAUUUCUUGUCAUUCUUAUUGAUAAUCCUUAUCAUAUUUAAGUUCCUACUUCUCUCUCCACCUACUUUAUAGAUUAAAUAUUUAAACAUGUAAUUUUGACUAGAUUUUUAAAUUUUAUACAACAUAAUUCAUAACUUUUGUAUUAAACAUUUGCUGUUUUGGGGUGGGGCAGGGGAUGUAGAAAUGUUGGUUACUUAAAAGUAAGUUGCAAAGUGUGUGAGGCAAAACUCGUAUGUUAAGUCCUCUUUAAAAAAAAGAAUUCUCUUUCUUGAAAUCCAGUUUUCAACCAUUUUUAUGUUGAAAGCAGCACACUACAUUGCUAUUGAAAUUAAGUGGUGGUGGGAGGUAAAAGGCUAGGAGACUUGAAAAUGGCCUUGCACCCUAUUGAGGAGAUGCACACAGUUAGCUGCUUGUGGGAUCAGGUCUUCAUUCUAGAGGAAGAGUCAUUUCCCAGCUUCUAGCACCACAUGAGAAGGGCAAGAGUAUGGGUAGAUCUUUCAGCUGCUCUAUUUUUGCCCUUGGAUGUGUGGAAAUCGCUGAUUUUAUCCUGCAUAUAUAAUACAAACACAUACCAAGGUUUGGAGAGAAGGUUGGGUAGACCAGCGCUGUGGCCUACCUGAGUGAGGAAUCAAUUCAAGCAGGAAGUAGAAUCAUCUGAAAGAAUAGAGCCCAAGCUUUCUUUGGAGCUAAAAUUCAAGAUAUAGUGAUUCACCAAAACCAAAGAAUUUUGUUGUCAUAUAGAAACAUGUUAGAUUAUUUGUUUACCUCAUGGUGCUGUAGCUCUUGCAAGGAACUCAAACUACUUCACCGACCUUACAUUCUUUAACCCUAUUUUUUCCCUACACAAUUACAAAAAAAAUGGUAAUUUAACAGGUAAUUCCAAGUGUAUAUAUCUCUUGUUCUCCCCCCUCGCCGGUGUCACUCAACUUUGUUAAAAGAAGUUAAACUUCCUUUUCUUGGGUGGCUGCAAGGACUUUUUCAAAAAGUUUCUGGUACUGAUAUUUGCAUCUAUAAACCAGCACUUCAGAUCUCACAAGUGAAAAACAGCUGUAGAGUUCAGCGUUACAAUACCUUAACAGGCUCUUCUUGGCAUCAUUGAGUCUUGAACUGAAAAUAAAACAAGCUUGGUGGAAAAACA